AUGCACAGCGAGAGUUUGACGCCAGACGCAAUGAGUAUGUUUGAGACGAAUGUGAGCAAGCAUUUUUGCUUUUUGCCCGAGGAAACAGUGAUUGUCUUCAAUGUGGGUGGCCAGUUGUUCAAGUCGACUGUGAAGAUUUGGACUCGAGAUCGCUUCUCGAUCCUUGCUCAGCUUUGCACGAAAUCUCCGAAACUUCGCCCUGACAAAGACGGAUCGUUCUUCUUCGACCGCGAUUUUUGGGUCUUUCGGCUAAUUCUCGCAUUUUUGCGAGAUAACAAGCUGCCAGAUGCCGUCGAGGAAUUGCGUGAGCUGUACUCUCGAAUGAUCGGUGAGGAUGCCAUGGUUGCCAACGUAUUGCAAACACACCCUGCUGUCUCGAUAAACAUACCUACUGCGGCUGUCAUAGAGGAGAAGGAUGGUAAAUCUGCUUCAUCGGUAGGUGAAAGCUCGGACUUUUCAAUUCUGAGCAAAUACGGCCAGCUACCUGACCCGUUCGGGUUUACGUCGAAGAAGUAA